AUGGAAAACGAAGCUGGACAAUUGGUCGACCUUUACGUCCCUCGCAAGUGCUCUGCCACUAACCGCCUCAUCCAAGCUAAGGAUCACGCUUCGGUCCAAAUCAACGUUUGUGCCGUUGACGCUGAGGGUCGCCAAAUUCCCGGCCAAAACAGCACCUACGCCAUCUGCGGCUUCGUUCGUGGAAAGGGUGAGUCUGAUGACUGCAUCAACCGCCUUACCACUCAAGAUGGUCUCUUGGAGGGUGUCUGGUCUUACCAGCGCUAA